UAAAACAUGCACAAUGACUACGCUGAUACGACGCUCACGAACAUUUCCUGCAGCAUCUCAUAAUCCAGACCAAACUCACUCGGAAAGUGGAUACAUUUUUCCCGCUUGCUCUACGAGACCUCACCAUUUCCUCAAGUUCUUUUCAGCCAAACAAUUCGCUACAGGAAAUCAGUUCCAGUCUCCUCUUUUAGAUCCACCUCUAGCCUACCAUGUCUGAACCAGGUUCUGGUUGUGGUGUUCCAGCCCAGAGAAGCUCACAGCAGGGUCCAGAGUUGCUGUCAGUGAAGCUGGCGGACUGCAGUCAAACAGUGGAACUCAAUGUGAUUGUCAAAGAGGAGGAGGAGGAGAGAAAAAUCAAUGAGGGGGAGGAGGAAGAGCGAGAGGAGGACAGGGACUCUGUUGACUCAGGAGAGAUCCCCAACCCAAACUCAGUCAACAAGCCCAGUUCCACAGCAUCAAGACUACCUGGACAUGGGAGUUAUUCGUGCCCUCAAUGUGAGAAGAGUUUCAGUUCCUCCACUAUUCUAAAGAAUCAUCAAAGAGUACACACUGGAGAAAAACCUUUCCACUGCUCUGCAUGUGGGAAGAGUUUCAGUGAGAAAGUAAACCUUAAGAGACACGAGAGAGUACAUAGUGGAGAGAAGCCUUACCACUGCACCCAAUGCGGGAAGAGCUUCAAUCAUUCUGGAAGCCUUAAGGAACACCAAAGAGUACAUACAGGGGAGAAACCUUACCACUGUGCUCUUUGUAGGAAGCAUUUCAGUCAGCCAGGAAGCCUUAAGAAACACCAGAGAAUUCACACAGGGGAGAAACCUUACCACUGCUCACAGUGUGGAAAGAAUUUUCGUUUUGCAGGAGACCUAAAGAGUCACCAGAGAUCACACAGUGGAGAGAAGCCUUACCACUGUUCUCAGUGUGGCGAGGGAUUCACUCAGCUCAGACGUCUUAAACGUCAUCAGAGGAUACACAUUGGAGGGAAGCCUGUCUGUGUUUUAAAUGUGAUUGUCAAAGAGGAGGAGGUUGAGAGGGAAAUCAAAGAGGAGGAAAAGCGAGAAGUUGAGGAAAAGGACAAUAGUGGUAUAGUUGACCCAGAUACAUCAACAUUACCUGGUUGUAGUCUUUACCCCUGCCAUCAAUGUGGGAAGAGUUUCCGUUCCUCAAGUAAUCUACAGAAUCAUCAAAAAGUACACGCUGGAGAAAAACCUUACCACUGCUCUGAGUGUGGGGAGGGAUUCACUCAGCUACUACGUCUUAAAAGUCAUCAGAUAAUACACAAUGGAGGGGAGCCUGUUUGUGCGUUAAAUGUGAUUGUCAAAGAGGAGGAGGUUGAGAGGGAAAUCAAAGAGGAGGAAAAGCGAGAAGUUGAGGAAGAGGAGGACAAUAGUAGUGUAGUUGACCCAGAUACACCAAGACUGCCUGAUCGUGGUCGUUACCCAUGCCAUCAAUGUGGGAAGAGUUUCCGUUCCUCAAGUAAUCUAAAGAAUCAUCAAAGAGUACACACAGGAGAGAAACCUUACCACUGCUCCCAAUGUGGGAGGGGUUUCAGUGAGAAGGUAAAUCUUAAGAGACAUGGCAAAGUACAUAGUGGAAAGAAGCCAUAUCACUGCACCCAAUGUGAGAAGAGCUUUAAUUAUUCAGGAAGCCUUAAGGAACACCAGAGAAUACAUACCGGGGAGAAGCCUUACCACUGCUCUCUAUGUGGUAAAAGUUUCAGUCAGCCAGGAAACCUUAAGAAACAUCAGAGAAUACAUACAGGGGAGAAGCCUUACCACUGCUCUCUUUGCGGUAAGAGUUUCAGUCAGCCAGGAAACCUUAAGAAACAUCAGAGAGUACAUACAGGCGAGAAGCUUUACCACUGCUCUCAUUGUGGGGGAGGUUUCACUCAGCUAAGAAGUCUUAAAAGUCAUGAGAAAAUACACAUUGGAGGGAAGCCUGCCUGUGCUUUCAAUGUGAUUGUCAAGGAGGAGGAGGAGGAGGAGGAGGAAGAAAAGAAAGAAGUUGAGGGAGAGGAGUGUGACGUGAAAUAAAGGUUUAGUGAGAAUAGAUAAGCAACUCUAUAGUUAUUGAAAUUCACACCUCUCCUUGCAAUUGCAUCUUCUGUGACAGCAUGGUCAUGGGCAGCACCAUUAUUUAUUUAGAUGAGAUCGAGACAAGAUCGUUAACAACUAUAGCGGUUGCUGUAAUAGUGCUAUUCCCAGGCCUAAAGCCUGAUUGGUUUACGUUAACAAUACAUGUCUCAUUGUAAACCAGGUUGCCAGUCCGGGCCUAAGCCUGUGUUCCUGGCCUUGACCCAAGCAUCAUUUAUUUAAUGAAUUAUUUCUGAACAGGAUACCACCUCCUAAUGUGCUACAGUGUGUAUAGUCUGAACAAGAUUCCUCCUAAUGUGCUACAGUGUGUAUAGUCUGAACAAGAUACCACCUAAUGUGCUACAGUGUGUAUAGUCUGAACAAGAUUCCUCCUAAUGUGCUACAGUGUGUAUAGUCUGAACAAGAUACCACCUAAUGUGCUACAGUGUGUACAGUCUGAACAGGUACAAAGCCAAGGUUGGUGAUUUCUGCUACCUGCAGUUAUGGAAUGUUAUCUCAGGACUAUAAAUUAAUUGGUUGACUCCUCCUCCUGACCUCCUCCUGGCCUGGAUGGAAUUAUACGACCUGGAUAUAGUGCACUACAUUUGACCAUGAUUUUGGAAUGAGAUGUUGGACGAGCAGGUGUCCACGUACACUACAUCGGUUGCCACUACAAACGUAUCUUCCUUUAUCUACUACCAAACAUAGAAACGCGCCAUUUUCACAUCUGCUGAUGUUGGGUUGGUGCUUGAGAUUCUGAAUAUGUAGUAGAAUGUUUUUGAAAUGUCCCUUUAAAGGUACGUAUGCCCAUGUACACGACUAACAUUUCAAUGUAAAACAGUUGACAGUAGCAUAAUCUAUAUUUGACUUGAGCUGAAUACUGGGGCUGAGUCUAUAUAUAGUAUAUACUGGGGGCUGAGUCUAUAUAUAGUAUAUACUGGGGGCUGAGUCUAUAUAUAGUAUAUACUGGGGCUGAGUCUAUAUAUAGUAUAUA